AGACACACUCACACACACACACACACUGUGUGCCUGCGCUAUACCUCCCCCGGUGCGCGCGCUGAUAGAAAUAAGUGGAGGCGCGCACGCGGCGCUCUGAAAGAGCAUCUACGAUGCAAACCGUGGAAAGGGAGGAGUACCAACCGGAGAGGAUAUCGAUUUUUCAGCCCAUCCUACAUUAACGGAGUAGCGUGUGUGUGUGUGUCUUUGUAUAUUUGUGUGUGUGUGUGUGUGUGUGUGUGUGUGUGUGUGUGUGUGUGUGUGUGUGUGUGUGUGUGUGUGCGUGCGUGUGUGUGUGUGUGUGUGUGGAUAUUGUUCCCCUUGUUUUCUCCUCUUUUUUUUUCCCGGAGAAGUGGAGCACCACCGUCACCGCCGCAUCCGUGUUAUUCCUGUAUCCCAUCGCGCGGACAGCGGGACCUCUCAGUGUGUGCGUGCGCGUGUGAGUGUGUGUUUGUUCAUGUGAGUGUGUGCUUGUGUGCUUGUGCAUGUUCUCGCUUCUGAAGAGUAAAAGAGAAGGGAAAGAAAGAAAAACAGAAGAAGAAUAAAACGGAGCCCCGGAGCGCAUGCAUGCAACAGCGUGGCGGCUUUAAAGGAGGAUGGAGACGCGUCCGGUGCCGCCGCCGCUCCGCUUUUCCUGGAGGUUUUUUCUUUUAGUCGGUGUGUUGCGGAUGUGUGUGAGCUCAGUGCUAGAGUGCCCACCGACCUGCAGCUGCUCCAGCACGGAGAUUUACUGCAAUAAAUCGCACCAGGGCAGCUUUUUCCCGCUGCUCGCCCUGCACGAGACGGGCAUGGACGCAGGCAGCAACGGCACGCACAGCACGAGCAUCUCCGACCUCUUCCAAAACAUCACCUCCAUACACAUCGAGAACUGGUUGGGUCUGCAAACCGUACAGGAAGUUGACAUGGCGCUGUACACAGGAAUUCAGAGACUGACUAUCAUGAACUGCAAUUUAAGGACCAUCCAGACUCGAGCUUUCGCCCAGAACCCGAACCUACGCUACAUAAAUUUAUCCAAGAACCCUCUGACUACUCUUUCCUGGCAGCUCUUCCAGAACCUGCAGCUUAUUGAUCUGUUCUACUCCAUGAACUCAUUAAUCAACAUGAAAACGUGUGAAAUCGAUAGAUUUGUUUACGUGAGAGCCGUGAGAACUUACAUCCUCAUCCUCAUCUACAUCCUCAUCCUUAUCCACACCAACACCUUCAUCCUCAUCCACAUCCUCAUCCUUAUCCACACCAACACCUUCAUCCUUAUCCAUAUUCUCACCCUCAACCAUAUCCUCAUCCUCAUCCACAUCCUCAUCCUCACCCUCAUCCUCACCCUCAGCCUCAUCCACAUCCUCAUCCUCAUUCACAUCCUCACCUUCAUCCUUAUCAUAAACCUCAACCACUCCAACACCUUCAUCCUUAUCCACAAUGUUCCAGAUAUCAGCGUGACACACAGCAGUCUGACAGUGAAUGAAGGAGAUCGUGUCACUAUCACGUGUAACGGUACCGGGGUCCCGGUUCCUGAUGUGGACUGGAAGGUUAACUCCCUGCACUCCAUCAGCACACAGCAGGCCACUCAGAUUCCUCCUCACGUGCACUCCUUGACGUUAACCCUGUUUAACGUGAGUCGAGAUGAUAACCUGUCCCUGCUGCCCUGCACCACCGAGAACAUCGUGGGCAUGAGCAACACGUCUGUCCAUCUCUCCGUCCAGUUCCCUCCCACCAUUAUACACUACGAGACCCCUGAGAGACGGCAUGACACGUGUAUGAUGUUCAUCGUCCGCGGCCAGCCGCUGCCUGAGGUGCGCUUCUUCUACAGAGACGUGGAGCUGCAGGAGACCAAAUACGUCCGCAUAGACAAGGACGUUUACCGGGACACGCUCGAGGGCUGCCUCAUCUUCGAAAACCCCACCCACCACAACAAUGGCAACUACACCCUGGAGGCUCGCAACUCCCUGGGCGUGGCCAACAAAACGGUCGACGCCCACUUCAUGGUAGCGCCGUUCGAUGGAGACUAUGUGGAAUAUGUUCAUCCCUCAGCUCACUCUCCCGUGAGUCCGAGUCUGACUCCCACCAUCGCCGUUACACACCGUCCUGAAGAGGACACGUUCGGGGUGUCGAUCGCGGUGGGCUUGGCGGGCUUCGCCUGCGUCCUCCUCCUCGUCAUGUUCGUCCUCAUUAACAAAUACGGCAGGCGCUCCAAGUUCGGCAUGAAAGCAGGUCGUCUCAGGCUUUACGCCACGGGGAACAGAGAAACCUCAGCAGAAUCUUCUGAUGAACCCAAUUACUCCACAUCCAAAGCUCCAAAUUGUUCCAGAGCAUCUCAGACCGAACGCUACAUCAUACAGAAACCAGAUCUUCUCUCUCUGUUUUCUGCAGACGUGCAGCACAUAAAGCGGCGGGACAUCGUGUUGAAGCGAGAGCUCGGAGAAGGCGCCUUUGGGAAGGUCUUCCUGGCAGAGUGUUAUAACCUCAGCCCCACCAAGGACAAGAUGCUGGUCGCCGUCAAGACCCUGAAGGAUCCCACGCUGGCGGCAAGGAAGGAUUUCCAGCGCGAGGCCGAGCUCCUCACCAACCUGCAGCACGAGCACAUUGUGAAGUUCUACGGCGUUUGCGUGGACGGAGAUCCGCUCAUCAUGGUGUUCGAGUACAUGAAGCACGGAGACCUCAACAAGUUCCUCAGAGCUCACGGCCCUGACGCCAUGAUCCUGGUUGACGGCCAGCCGCUGCAGACGAACGGAGAGCUGGGUCUGUCCCAGAUGCUGCACAUAGCCACUCAGAUUGCAGCAGGUAUGGUGUACCUGGGGUCUCAGCACUUUGUACACCGAGAUCUGGCAACACGCAACUGCCUGGUGGGGAACGGGCUGCUGGUCAAGAUCGGAGACUUCGGAAUGUCCAGAGACAUCUACAGCACUGAUUACUACCGGGUCGGAGGUCACACCAUGCUUCCGAUUCGCUGGAUGCCUCCUGAAAGCAUAAUGUACCGUAAAUUCACCACCGAGAGCGAUGUGUGGAGCUUCGGCGUCAUCCUAUGGGAGAUUUUCACCUACGGCAAGCAACCGUGGUUCCAGCUCGCCAAUAACGAGGUGAUCGAGUGUAUAACGCAGGGUCGUGUGUUGGAGCGUCCCCGUGUCUGUCCUAAGGAGGUUUAUGAUGUGAUGUUGGGCUGCUGGCAGCGAGAACCUCAGCAGAGGCUCAACAUUAAGGAGAUCCAGAAGAUUCUGUUUGCUUUGGGAAAAGCAGCACCGGUUUACCUGGACAUCCUCGGCUGAAAGAAACUGGACCUGGACCACAUCUCUCUCUCUCUCUCUCUCUCUCUCUCUCUCUGUCUCUCUCUCACACACACACACACACACACACACACACACACACACACACACACACACACACACACACACACACAGAUCUGAGCAGUGGGAUGGACUUAAGUGCCUGCUACACUUUUCCACACACAGGAGUCUUUAUGCAGCACUUUUUCCAUGUUUGUUUACCUGCAGAUGGAGGAGUUUGGAUCGGAACCAGAGAUGGCUUUGGAUUACUUUUUUUUUUUUAAGCUUUUUCUUUUUUUUUUUCCAAAAAACUAUUUUAUAGACCUACAAAAGAAAAAAACACACAAAACCUUUUCCUUUGCUGUCUUCUCGACGGAGAGUAAAAGUUCAUGCUUAGAUUUUUUUUUCCAGCGUGUCAUCUGACGGAGGGAUGAACGGUGUUUUACGAGUCGAUAUCCGUCGACAGGAACCUGGAUCUUCUGCGUGACUGUAGAGAAGAUCCCCAGCGUGGCUUUUUCCUUCCUGAAAGCCGGAGCUUUUUUUUUCCGAUCUCGAUCUCCGAACUUAGCGGCUCGACGGGAUCGAAGCGAAGGAGUUUAUUUAAUCGAAGCUGAAUGUAUAUAAUGUAAAUUCUUGUGUCUGUAUGGUAACUUAUUUCAUUUUUUUGCUAUUUAGACCUCUUUAGUUUCUCGAUGUGCCGUUACAGUGAGUGAAUUCUAUAAAUAUUUUGAUAUGUUCAUUUUAUUUCUGUUUAAAUUGAUUGAACUUCAUCUCGUUCUCCUUGUAGACGUGAGUUUCGCGGCAGAAAACGUCACACGUGAAAUACGAUCGUUCCCGUGCGAUAGACGCUCUAGGAAGGAAGAUGAUUUUUACUCUAGGACUUACAUAAGAUCCUAAAAAACUUCCUCCAUCUUUCAUUCAUCGCCACGCCUCACCUGUCCGUCAUGCCAGAGAAUUAGCGUUAGCACGUGAUCACACCGUUCGUUAGCGUGUUAACGGAAGAUUCGGAUCUACCAGACGAUACAAAAUCUAAUUCUUAUCUAAUUAGAUAUUAGCUAAUCUCAAAGAGCGGAUAUAAAAGGUUCGAAAUAAAGACGAACGUUUAUAAAACGUAAAGCGACUGAUCGCUAAUACGCCGUAAGUAAUAAAUUAGCAUCUAGAAAUGUCUGAUAAUAUUUUUUUUGUGUGUGUGAUAUUGUCCUCAUAGUUUCAUCAGUCAGGAGUUAGCAGCUAGCUACGAAAGAGAAGAUCUUUUAGAUCGUUAGAGAGAUGUUUCCGGGAUUAAAAGUGAUGAGGUUUUCGACGCUUUCUCGCUAGCUAGCAAGAUAUUUUUAUCCACAUUCACUUCAUUAGCAAAGUGAAUAGCUAAUAGGUAGCUAGGGCACGAGUCUUAGGCUAACCGAAAAUUUAACGACUUCACUACUCACAUAUUCAUGUUUCAGAGUUAGCAUUAGCAUGCUGGUGUAUUAGCAUCGACACGUAACCACGACUUAUACAAGAGAUGAUUUUUAGCGACGAUAUUUAUAGCCGCUCGAUCGCAUACAAAUUUCAUAAACUAAAAUUUUUAGUAAACAAUGUGAUUUUGUUGGAUUUCAUGUAUGAAUUAAACACAAACUCUGAUUUCA